AUGUCCAAGCCUGAUAAUAAGAAAAAAAACUUGUAUAGUCCGUAUUUUGUCAAAGUUCCUUCGGCGUGUGUAUCGAAAUAUUUUCGUACAUCAAAACGAUCGAACGAUGUGAGAAUUAGUUGCAUAGACAAUCGUAAAGGGAGAGGAGCGAGGCGAAAAGAACGAGAGGAUGGAUGUAUACCAAAAAAUCGUGACGUCGACCGGAGUAAAGUUCCGCGUAGAAUAAAAUUCAAGGAUGAUGAUGAACCUGCUGGAACGAUUGGACGUGAUAUGCAAUCGACACCUGGGUGUAUAGGCUCUUGUUCCCGUAAACAACACUUUAUUCCUGUGCCAUCGCCGCUGAAUCUCUUUCUUAUUGGUACGAUAUUCCUGAAUAAGACUAACGCCACCGUGGCUCUUCCUAUGCUAUGGAAGUUCUUCGACAAGUACUUUUCGCCUGAGAGUGCUGUCGGUGCAAACGUUAAAGAGUUGAGUAAAUUUUUGCGUCCGAUGGGAUUGAAUAACACGCGCGCGGAAAGAAUAAUCAAGUUCUCGCAAUCGUACCUUGCCAAUCCCUUGUUUACUUCUCCGCGAGAGCUUUUUGGAAUGGGAAAAUAUGCCGAGGACAGCUGGAGGCUGUUUUGCGGAAAGACGGAUGACGCAUGGAAGGAAGGUUCAGGGUUUAUGCCUGACGAUAAGAUGUUGCGUGCAUAUAUAUUCUGGAGAAGAGAAUAUGAGAAGAGAAGAAAUAAAAACUGA